ACCCGCCAAAAUGCUGCUGCGCAGGAGAUCAUUUGCAUUUCUACCUUGAACAUCCUUCGAUUCUUCUCGCAGAAGGGUUACAAACACCUCGGUUGGGCAUCGGAGAGGUGGAACCUGAUCCGAUCCUCAUACAUCUGGAGACUAUGGUGCACUAGCUGGCCAGUCAUAUAACCCUCUUGUGCGCCUGAAAAAAAUUUGUCAACAUCUCAUGGACACACAUUUCGGUCAUUACUGAUAUCCUGGCCGGAACAUGGUGUACGAUCCUGUGCGCGAUAGAGUGGUCCAGUCUCCCCUUGAGGCCUCAGGGUCUGAGCAAGAGUCCUGGAGGAAGUCGGCUACGCCAGUGGAUGACCGAUAUGGACGAGAAACUGAGCCCAGAUCCUAUCCACCUUCAUUCCAACAUGAACAUUCACCCCCAGGCACGUACCCAGUCUCUCGGUCAACCUCUGGAGGUCUGAGAGGUCUUUUGCAUGAUGAUGAUCGAGCUAUUCGACCAGGCAGCGGCAACGGACGUGUCUCGUCAGGUACAUUCGAGGACCAAGGCUCCUUUGGGCAUCAUCAAUCUCAAGCUGCGGGCUAUCAUGCAGUACCACCUUCUCAAGGACGCGCUUCCAUUCAUGGUCUAUUGAACUCGACACCCCUUGCUCCCCCCAUCUCACAUUCCAGCUCUGCAUCCUCUCAUCGCACGUCUUCGCCCUCAAACAAUUCGCCUGCGACAGGCACACGGCAUCGACAAGACAAUGCUUCAAUGGUCCCGGUGACACCGCUAUCUGCCAAUCCUCGAUUUCAGUCUCCGUAUGCCUCCGUCAGUCCUGCAUCGGCAUACAUCCCACUUCCACCAGAUACUCAGUUCGCGGUCCCAGAUCACCUCCCUGGACCCUCGCGUCGCAGUUUAACCAUGGACCCCUACGGACAUCGAAGCACUCCUCAUACCGUCAUGUAUCGAUCUCCUUCGACAUCCGAGUCACCUCGAGGCCUGCCCCAACCUCUUCCUUACUCAAGACCAACUUCCUCAUCCAGUCAGAGCUUCUCUCAUCCUUCUUCAUUGCAUGGGCAACACGACUCGCCUCAUCGCACAGCCCGGAUUCUCUCAGAGGAUUUCAAUCAGCCUCGAGGUCCUGGUCCCAAUCGAAGGGAAACGAUGCCAGCCAUCCCCGUCACUUCAUACUCGCCCUCGCGACCGGCCAUGAGUGAGCCGCCUCGGUCUCCUUCGCCGCUACGGACCGCGCCAUAUGAUCCGUACCGUUUCGGUGAACCGACGACGGUGUCACUUCAACCUAUCACAUCUGAAGAAGUCGCUCACUUGCGCCUUCUCGCCGUUGAGAACAAUCCACUGAGACGAAAGAAGCGCAAACCUCUACCUUCAUGGUCUGGCCCCUCACCGAGCUCACGGGUGCCAUCCGAGACCGACAUAUCAUACUUCCCACCUCAAAGCGGAGAGCUACGCCGAUCAACAUCGAGGCUGUCCAUCACUCCUGGGCCCGGAUAUCCACCUGCUAGUGAUGGUGCACCUACUCCUACCGAGCGGAAUGGUAAAUCUCAGAGCCUGAAACGAUCUGCCAGCGACAUGGCUCAAGAACACGAUACGUCGAGACGGAAAGUUAGUGACAGCCACUAUGUGGGAAACGCAGCACAGGUUGCGGAUCACUACAAUGCCAGACCAGAUGUGGGCGUCCAAAAUCGGGAACUGUCACCGAUCAUCGGCCUGAAAAAGUUUAACAACUGGAUCAAAUCCGUCCUGGUCGGUCUUUUCACCCAUCGUCCAAGGGGAGGGCCUGGCGCCAAGGUCCUAGAUAUUGGCUGCGGAAAAGGCGGAGAUCUCCAGAAAUGGAAACAGGCGAGAAUCCAACUAUAUGUUGGGAUGGACAUUGCGGCGACAUCUAUCGACCAAGCUCGGGAUCGCUUCAAUCGACUCAACAGGCCUGGCUUUGACGCAUUCUUCUUCGCCCACGAUUGCUAUUCGCAAUCCAUCAAAGAUGCUCUGCCUGGUUACCUGGCCAAUAAGGACAUGUACGACAAUGUGUCAAUGCAAUUCUGCAUGCACUAUGCCUUCGAGUCGGCUUCAAAGGCGAGAAUGAUGAUUGAGAACGUGUCAAGAUAUCUCAGACCAGGAGGGAAAUUUAUUGGCACUGUGCCGGACUCUGAGCUCUUACUGGAUCGUCUCAAGGCUAUACCCGAGGAUGAAGAUUUGAGAUUCGGAAACGGAUGCUAUUCUGUUCAAUUCGAGGAACGGAGACACAAGGGACUCUAUGGCCACGCAUAUCACUUUUACCUCGAAGAUGCGGUAGACGAUGUCCCAGAGUACAUUGUGGACUGGGAGAAUUUCGUUUCUCUGGCGAGCGAGUAUCGACUAAAGCUCAUAUACAAAAAGAGCUUCCACGAGAUCCUCCAAGAAGAGAAGGAUUCGCGAGAUUUUGGGCCUCUUUUGGGCAAAAUGGGCGUCAUCAACCCCGAAGACGGCUCGAGUCAGAUGGAUGGUGACCAAUGGGAGGCAGCGAACCUGUAUAUGGCAUUUGCAUUCGAAAAGUCAUAGAAAGUGAGAGAGCUAAGGUGGACGGUAGCAUGUCGUAUAAUGGCGGGAAUAAAAUCCAGUUGUACACAUGAAGAGGAGAUGCAUCUUGGAACAAAGCGCG